GUUGUUGCAGUUCCCUUUGCGAACAUUAGAGGGACCCCUAAAACCAUCUCCAUAGCAACAUAUGCUGCGGGCCAUAAACAAGUAUCACUUGCAAUGCUGUUGUUUUAAUGUAAUGAUAAUGACCCCGGUAAAUCAGAAUAAAACGGCUUUGGAAGCGGUGGAUGACUAUGCGGAGUACAGAAGGAUCGUUGGCGAUGACGAUGGUGGAAAACUUUUCACUCCAGAGGAAUAUGAAGAGUACAAAAGGAGGGUUCUACCGCUACGUAUGAAAAACAGGUUGUAUGUGAGCUUUGGUGUACCAGGGGGCAUUGACUGCAAGCAGAUUGGCCCUGAAACACAGUGCUUUUGUGAACACAGAUACAAGCAGCAUCAGACAGAGUUUGAGGUGAUUCCCUCUGAGCGACCCAUUGCGCUGCGGUGCAAGGUCAGCGGUUGUCGCUGUUCUUCUUAUAACUACAUUCCUCAGCCUGGAGGUGCGAUGGUGCGCUGCAAGUGUAAACAUUUACCGCAGGACCACAGUGAGGCUGCAGGCCACUUGUGCAAGAAGUGCAAAGUCUGCUCUGGGUUCCACAGUCCCUACACUUGCGGGUGUGGUCGACCCACCUUUGAGCACCGUACCUUGGUUGAGACAAAGCAAGAGAGGCUGGCAAGAGGUCAGCCUGUUGGCAAAGAUGUUCCUUAUGCAGCCAUGGGGGGUCUGACAGGAUUCACCUCUUUGCUGGAUGGUUACCUCGCUAUGCAAGUCCUCAGCGCAGCUGCAUGUUUACCGUCUGUACCACAUCAUCUUCGUCCGCAAUCCGAUUCCCACGAUCGCUGUGAUGUUCCUAUUCAGUUGAAGGCAGAGAAGACGACUGCCUGGAGAGGAGCUCGGCAGCGAGAAACCCCAACACUUCUGCGAGAAACCCCAGCACCUCUGCAAGAAAACCCAACGCGCCUGCGAGAAACCCCAGCUCCUCUGCCGAAGCAAGCAGCUCUGGUGUCUCUGAGAAACAAACCAAAAAUCAAUGAAUUGCAAGAUUUGCGUUGAAUUACUUUGUCGUACUGUUCGUUUCUGAGGAGAUAGUUCAGCUCUUAACAUAUCAAAUACAAAAUUACAUACGUUAUAGUUCGUAUCUUUCCCAAGAGGCAAAGAAUAUUUGGUUUGUUCCAGCUAGUUGCAAAUAACCUCAAAGAUUUGUAUAUUUGUACUUUAUAAAUGUAACCCUGAUUUGAAGUUGGUUGCAAUGAAUUUUACAGCUUUUGCCGCUGAUUGUAGUUUUCAGUGUAAAUUCUCUUUUUCUGUGCAAUGAGAAUGAAUGGCUUAGUCAAACUUGAGCUAUGUAAGGAUAUUGUUUUUUUUUGUUUUUUUUUAUCUUUUUUUGUCAGUAAAUAAAGUAACAGAUCUUCAAUUUAUUUCA